AUGGUGGCAUGUUGUUGGCAUCGACUGCCAACAUCAGUGAACUUCUUUGCAGGCACGCUCACCAUACUGUCGUACUUCAGCACCUUCGUCCUGUCAACACCAACAAUUACCUACCCGAUCAACUCGCAACUGCCCCCAGUCGCACGCAUCAGCGAGCCUUUCUCAUUCGUCUUUUCGCCCCAGACAGUAAAAGCACGGGUGCCGGUCAAUUAUGCUAUUGUGAGAGCACCGCCAUGGGUCUCUCUGACAAGCGACAAGCGCCUCUUGUCUGGUACACCGCCAAGUGACCUCGUCCCGCCGGGGCUUGUGGUCGGUAUCCCGAUCACCAUAAAGGCAACAGACGCCACCGGGGUAGUGCAAAUGAAUGCCACGCUCGUGGUAGCACGGAUACCUGCGCCGAUGAUCAGCAUCCCACUAUCGGAACAGAUUGAGGAUCUCGGCCCGUUCUCUGCUCCGGACACGCUACUUUUGUAUGAGCAGAAGGACUUCUCGUUCAGCUUCAGCAACCAAACUUUCCGCAACACAGGACAAUGGGACUUGACUUAUUAUGCCGUGAACGGAGACAACACACCACUGCCCUCCUGGGUGCGAUUCGACUCAAAAACGUUGACGUUCUCUGGGAAGGCCCCAACCUUCAGCCUGCCGACGCAACCACCGCAGAGGUUCAACUUCAAGCUCAUAGCCUCCGAUGUCGUAGGCUUCUCAGCACUCUCGAUACCUUUCUCGAUUGUAGUCAGCAACCACCGUCUGACGAGCGAGCAUCCUAUAUUUCAACUCAAUGCCACAAGGGGAAAGCUGUUCGAAUACAAUGACUUUCUAAGUCAGCUUAAACUGGAUGACAGAACUCUGGAUUUGGCAGAGGUCAAAUCUGUGACUCCCACGGGUCUGCCGAAGUGGCUCACUUUCGACAAUCUGACAUGGAGAUUGAGCGGCACGCCUAGCCCCAAUGCAACGGCGACAAACUUCUCUAUCACUGUUGUCGAUACGUACACGGAUACUCUCAAUGUCACUUUCCAGCUCCGAGUUGGCGAUACGAUGUUUAAUUCUGAACUCCCACCGCUCAAAUUGACAGCCGGGGCGGACUUCGACUAUCAACUGAGGCCAUAUCUGGCUGACCCUGCCGACACAGAGCUGUCAAUUCAGAGCAACUCGGACAUAUCGUGGAUCAGAGUGGACCAGGAAGCCUUGUCGAUUUCCGGAACAGCGCCUUCCUCGGUGAAUGCACGAGUAGGUGGGCCACUGGAAGUAUCGAUAGUCGCAACCUCAAAACGCACCCAGGCCAGCCAAUCGCAGGACCUCGCUGUGAGUGUAGAGGAUUUGGGGACGGGGAGCCCGAGUAGCAUCACAUCCACAGGGUCCAGUUUGCCGAGUCCAUCCUCGCCUGGGCAACAGACAGGAACACCGGCUCCAGCCUCAUCUCCGACCGAGCAACCAAAGACAUAUCUCUGGCUCUUGCUACCAAUUCUUCUGAUCAUCUUUUUCGGGGCCAUAAUUCUCUUCUAUUGGUUCCGGCGCCGCCAUCUUCGGAAACACCAUCGAAUCCUAAAGAGCGAGGUCUCGGCGCCAUUGCCCGGGACAUGGAUGCACCACGGCGCGGGUGGCAACAACUUCGGCGGCGGUGAAGAGUCU